AUGGCUCAUGUGAAGAAGUUUCAGGGAAUUCCCAUGUCGAAGUCAAUGAGAAAUCUGUGUAAAGAGGAAGACUAUGCGUUUCUGGGGGGUUCAGAAAAAGCGACAGAGGGAAGGACAGAAGAAGCUGCAGCUCCGGAGGACGACUGGAGGGACAGAAAGGAGGAGAGAAACCGCCGGCGAUUGGAGAGGGAGCAGCAGGAGAGAGAGCGGCUGAGAGAGAUAGAGGAGUGCAAGAAGGAGAAGGAGCGGCGGUGGAGGAGCCACGUCGCCGAGACGGCGUCCGGCCAGGAGAAGGCUCUGCAGGACCGGCUGACCCGACUGCGCCAAUUCAGGGCUUUCCAGAGGAAGGUGCUGAACGAGGAGUCCGGCCCGGACGGCGCGCCGGACGGCGACUCCGUCGACCGGCUUCUCACCAGGAUUUAGAGAAACGCGGAGCUUCACUGGAGUGAUUGUUAUAA